CAAGUCAUCGGACCUGUCAAUCAGCCGCUCGGCGCCCUUUGAUGUCGGGACUCCUCGCCUUGUCUUGGGCUCAAAUGAGCUGUUUGCUGUUGUAGGGAAACAUUAGUCUUCUACCGACUCCACCAGCCGGGGGACGCCACAUCUCAACUUUUUUUUUUCUUUCUUUUACGCAUGUGGUGGGGCUUUUUCUGCACUUUGGAGGCGCCCCAGACUGAGAAGAUUUAACGCAGAAGUCCCUCUACUUUUAUUUUUCUUUUCUUAUAAUUGAUUUUCUUUUUAAGCACAACGCAGAAACACACAGAAAAAGAAGCGUAGCGUACCAUCGCAGGGGGUGGAAGUAGAAAACAUGCCUCAGCUCAGCAGCGGCGGCGGGGACGACCUGGGAGCGAAUGAUGAGAUGAUCUCGUUCAAAGACGAAGGAGAGCAGGAGGAGAAAAUCCAAGAGAACGCGUUCACGGAGAGAGACCUGGCCGACCUCAAAUCCUCUCUGGUGAACGAAUCGGAAAUAAAUCAAAGUCCGAACGCGGCGGCGGUCAGACGGGGACAGCAGUCUGAGCAGAGGGGCUUCCCAGACAAACACCGGGAGCAUCUGGACGGUGUGUCGAAGCAACAAGAUGGAGGCAUGUACAAGUCGCCGGCGUAUCCAGGGUACCCGUUCCUGAUGCUGCCAGACCCGUAUCUCCCCAACAGCUCGGUUUCUCCAUCCUCCAACAAAGUCUCGGUGGUGCAGCAGUCUCACGGGAUGCACCCGCUGACGUCCCUCCUGCCCUACAGCAACGACCACUUCAGCCCCAGUCCUCCACACCUGCCCACAGACAUGAGCCAGAAGACAGGAGUUCACAGGCAUCAGUCCCAGGACCUCUCAGGGUAUUACUCCCUCCCUCCAGGCGGCGUCGGACAGAUCACUCCCUCCAUGAGCUGGCAGAGCCAGCCAGUCUAUCCAGGCCUGUCCCCCUGUGGAUUCAGGCAGUCCUACUCCUCCAACCUCCCCAGCGCCUCGUCCUACUCCAGGUUCCCUCACUCUCUGAUGCUUGGAACGUCAGGCAUGCACCCCACAGGGAUCCCCCACCCGGCCAUAGUGCCCCCUACAGGCAAACAGGACCAUGACCAGUACGACAGAGGGAUGUACGUGAAGCCGCAGGAGGCCAAGCGGGAGAAGGAGCCCAAGAAGCCGGUCAUCAAGAAGCCCCUGAACGCCUUCAUGCUCUACAUGAAGGAGAUGAGGGCGAAGGUGAUCGCCGAGUGCACGUUAAAGGAGAGCGCCGCCAUCAACCAGAUUCUGGGCCGAAGGUGGCAUGCGCUGACCCGGGAGGAGCAGGCCAAGUACUACGAGUUGGCCCGAAAGGAAAGACAACUGCACAUGCAGCUCUACCCGACCUGGUCCGCUAGAGACAACUACGAGGCGGGCCUUAGCGGGGUCGCAGGGGAAAAGAGUAAAGCUGAUUGGGGCAAGAAGAAGAGAAGAAAAAGGGAGAAGCAGCAGGACUCCAACACAGACCCGGGCUCUCCUAAGAAAUGCCGGGCUCGCUUCGGCCUCAACCAACAAACGGACUGGUGCGGUCCUUGCAGGAGGAAAAAGAAGUGCAUUCGCUACCUUCAAGGAGGAGGCUGCCCCAGCCCAACUUCUUCAGAUCUAAGUGCUAUAGACUCUCCCCCGUCCCCGUCUCCCUCCCGCCACCACCAUCAUCACCACCGCCUCCUCUACCAGCGGCCUCCCUCCCCAGGCUGCUCCCCGCCGCUGUCCACCACCCCCCCAACAUGCCUCUCCCUGUCCCCGCACACGCCGCGCUCACACGCAACACGCUUACCCCCGGAGCAGUCCGCCGCCAGCAAGCGCGGCGACCUCCGUCAGCCGGCCGCCAAACCGGCCCACACACACCUGGAACUGUCCGGCAGGCAGAAUAACGGCAGCUCCACGGCGCUGUCGGCCGCCAAGGCUGCAGGACUCUCCCUCAAAGUGCUAUCAGAGACUCAGUGAUCAAUGUUCACAUCCUCCCCCAGCUCACCUCCGCCUCCUCCAGAGCCGUGAAGAUCACCACCUCACUCACAGCAGGCUUCUUAUUUUUGAUAAAAGAGGCUGUCGUGUCUCAGUUCAGAGGCUGGAUUCUCCAAAGUCUGUAGUUCUGCACAUUAAAAGUCCUCAUUAAAUUCACACAUUUCCUAGAUUGGUGUUUAAUUCUAAAAGGUUGGCACGUUUUCCCACUUUGGCUCAGUUUUGUUUCAUUUUGUCACAAAUCUGAGGAUCCAACCUCUGAACUCAAAGAGCACACAGUCCUGCUUCCACAGAGGCAAAACCAAGCGGAGCCCAAGAAGAAAAUGUCUUUAAAAAUCUGUGGUUCUUUGGCUCCAUCUGCUGCAGUUAAACUGAGCCAACAUGAUUACUUUUGCCUGGUGGACAGCUCUGCCUCUGAGUAGUUUUACAAAGAACUCAACAGCAAUUUGAUGCUUUUUUUUUGUUUUUUCAACUUCCGUGACAAUCAACUGUUUGGCAAAUAAGCUCUUAAUGAAAAAUCAAGACUAUCAAGAGUCCAUAUUUACAAAAAGACACCCUCCUUCUCCUUUUCAUAUCACUCUCAGGCUGCCAUUUUCACAUCGCAUCACGUCCAUUAAAAACCAUGAAAGGGGAGCAGAGACCAACGAGCACCCAGCCUGACCAGCAGAACCUCACAUCCCAGGAGACACCAUUCCCUUCUUCUUUUUUUAUCCGGCCAACAGUCUGACUUCACUUUCAGUUUUUAAACAUUUAUACCUACAUGUGCAGCUUCUUUGACAACAAAAAAAUAAAGAUUUUUACAGCGAAAAUUCUCAAGUUACUUCUUUUAGGCACUUUCAGGCUCUUCAUCUCUGGCUUCAUCGUCCGUUUCGUUGUGUUUUUUGGUAUUUUUUGUUUCAUUUUUAAGGUCAGAUGUUUUGCUGGUGGGGAAAACCUUCAGAGAAGAGUUUUUUUUUUAUUUUGUUUUAUUUUAAAGAAGAAAAAGUCUCUUGGCUGUUUUACAUUUUUCCGCUCCACAAACUAAUCUGAGACCAAAUGGGUACUAUUAUAUUGCAUUGUGUUGUAAAGUUUUAUAAUUAAACUUUUCUAUGUUUUUAUGUAAAAAAACAAAACAGUUAAUGACCAAAAAAAGCUUGUUUUAGUUUCUACCAUUUCUUAAAGCAAUACAUUUUGUGUUUGUCUUUUUUUUUUUCAUGUCAAGUGUUACUGCAGCAGCGUUCAAACUAUAUCUUGUGUUUCUCAGUCGGUGCAUGUGACAGACAUUUUAAAUCAGAAAAGAAAAAAAGAUAAAGGCUUUCAUUUACCGCUCUGCUCGCAGCUUCGAACUCGGCUUACAACUCUGUGGUCAAAGUGUAGGUUGAGCUUUUUGUACAGCAAGUUGUGUUUUCCUCCAGCAGAGAGCGCUCUUGUGCUAGAAAUCUUUUGAUUUGAGGAUGUUCAGGUCGGUAGCGGAAACACCUCAGCGAUGUCCUUUUGUAUUUUUUAAACGCCUCUGAUGUAUGACUUGUGUUCUUUUUUUGUUUGAUGUAAUAAAGUGUUUUGAAUAUCUCGUCCGUGUCUGCCGGAGCUGUGACACAAUUAGCUUAAAAAAAGGCUGGAAGCGUCAACACAAAAAGGCCAGACAGCAUCCAUUUAACAGGUUUUAUUCACUCCUUCAAUGUUCGACCAUCCCGAAAACCAGCAUCAGAGCUCAUCUGACAGCUUUCCUAUUCAAUACAACAUGAAUUAGGAACGAGUCACCCAAUGCUGUGUGACAAACACACAAGUACUUCGAGUCCAAGGAACAUUAUGCAAAAAAACCAAAAAACUACCUCAUACUUCACUUUUCCUAUAAAGCGCUCCUCUUAACAUGGUUUCACAAAACGGAUACAUUUACAGAGCAAAAAUAAAAUAUUCACCCUCAUUUUCCAUUGUCAAAAAAGCCAUUUUAUUUAUUCAAUUUACCCUAAAAGAAAAACAUGUCCAGUAAAAAAAAAAAAACAA